CGGGGGCGGGCAGGCAAGCGCAGCGGCGGAGGGCGGAGACGGCCGGAGGCCCGGGGCGGCGGCGGCGGCCGGAGGAGCGCGGCGAGGGAAGCGCAUCCAGCGGUGGCGGCGGGGCCCGGGCGGCCGGCGGGCGCGGGCCGGCGAGAUGGAGCCGCCACACGUGCGCCCCGCGCCCGGCGCCCGCAGCCCGGCCUGGGAGGAACCGGAGCCGGAGAGGAUGGCAGGGGCCAGUGGCCAGCAACAGCCUCCGGAUGCCGCCGUAGGAUCGGCCACGGUGCCCCCCACCACUGGCUCAGCCGGGCCGGUGGAGGAUUCCUCGGACAGCGAAGCGGAACAAGAGGGACCCCAGAAACUGAUCCGCAAAGUGUCCACCUCAGGGCAGCUCCGGACCAAGACCAGUAUUAAAGAGGGCCAACUCCUGAAGCAAACCAGUUCUUUCCAAAGAUGGAAAAAGAGAUACUUCAAACUCCGAGGUCGGACGCUGUAUUAUGCCAAGGACUCAAAGUCUCUGAUAUUUGAUGAAGUUGACCUCUCUGAUGCCAGCGUGGCUGAAGCAAGCACCAAGAAUGCCAACAACAGCUUUACGAUCAUCACUCCGUUCAGAAGACUGAUGCUGUGUGCUGACAACAGAAAGGAGAUGGAAGACUGGAUCAGCUCUCUGAAGUCUGUGCAGACCAGAGAACCUUAUGAGGUGGCCCAGUUUAACGUGGAACAUUUCUCAGGGAUGCAUAACUGGUACGCCUGCUCGCAUGCCCGGCCAACAUUCUGUAACGUGUGUAGGGAGAGCCUCUCUGGAGUCACCUCCCACGGCCUGUCCUGUGAAGUGUGUAAAUUCAAGGCUCACAAAAGGUGUGCAGUGAGGGCGACAAACAAUUGCAAGUGGACAACGCUGGCCUCUGUGGGGAAGGACAUUAUAGAGGAUGAGGAUGGGGUAGCUAUGCCUCACCAGUGGCUGGAGGGGAACUUGCCCGUGAGUGCCAAGUGUGCUGUCUGUGACAAAACGUGUGGCAGCGUUCUCCGCCUGCAAGACUGGAAAUGCCUGUGGUGUAAGACAAUGGUACACACUGCCUGCAAAGAUUCAUACCAUCCUGUGUGUCCACUUGGCCAAUGUAAAGUGUCUAUCAUACCUCCAAUUGCACUGAAUAGCACUGACUCUGACGGUUUCUGUCGAGCAACAUUUUCAUUCUGUGUUAGUCCCCUGCUGGUUUUUGUCAAUUCUAAGAGUGGAGAUAAUCAGGGAGUGAAGUUCCUUCGUCGAUUCAAACAGCUACUAAAUCCAGCUCAGGUGUUUGAUUUAAUGAAUGGAGGUCCUCACUUAGGUUUAAGACUUUUCCAGAAGUUUGACAAUUUCCGGAUUCUUGUUUGUGGAGGAGACGGAAGUGUAGGCUGGGUGUUGUCAGAGAUUGAUAAGCUCAACUUGAAUAAACAGUGUCAGCUGGGAGUCUUGCCUUUGGGGACAGGGAAUGACCUUGCUCGGGUUCUUGGCUGGGGAGGCUCCUAUGAUGACGACACGCAACUUCCUCAGAUAUUAGAAAAGCUGGAACGGGCCAGUACCAAAAUGUUGGACAGAUGGAGUAUAAUGACCUAUGAACUCAAAUUGCCACCCAAGACAUCUCUACUUGCAGAACCUCCAGAAGCAACUGAGGAAUUUUAUAUGGCAAUUUAUGAAGACUCAGUCACAGCUCAUCUUACAAAAAUCCUCAAUUCUGAUGAACAUGCAGUGAUUCUGUCAUCUGUCAAGAUACUGUGUGACACCAUAAAGGACUUCCUUGCCAAAGUAGAGAAGGCCUAUGAAAAGACAUUGGAGAAUGCUGUUGUGGCUGAUGCUGUGGCCAGCAAAUGUUCAGUCCUGAAUGAAAAGCUUGAACAGCUGCUCCAGGUCUUACACAUGGAUUCCCAGGCUCCUUCAGUCCUACCUGGGAUUAGCCCUGUCAUCAUAGAAGAAGAGCCUGUGGAGUCUUCAAGUGAAGAAUCCUUGUGUGAAAGCAAGGAGAAACUCACAGAGGACACUACAAGACCUGCAUCCCAGAAAGCCGUCAAACCAAAGGAAGUCAUCCUCCGGGCAAACAGUUUAAAGAAAGCAGUGAGGCAAGUCAUUGAAGAAGUUGGAAAAGUGGUGGAUGACCAAACAGUCGCCCCUUGUGAACCAGUGAGCCAGUCAUUUGAAUAUGACAGCGCAGAAACAGAUGAAUCAAAAGAAGACACUAAAGAGGAUGACACCAAAGAGUCCUUACCUGUUAAGACUGCACCUCGGUCUCCAGAUGGCCGAGCUGGCCGUCCACAACCUGACCCAGGCCCUGGGCCAGUGAUGGCAAAAGAGAACCUUCCCGUGCUUAACACCCGCAUCAUCUGCCCAGGUUUAAGAGCAGGACUCGCUGCCUCCAUUGCUGGGAGCUCCAUUAUCAACAAAAUGCUGCUUGCAAACAUUGAUCCUUUCGGUGCCACACCUUUCAUUGACCCUGAUCCCGACACCGUAGACGGUUAUUCAGAAAAAUGUGUCAUGAACAAUUACUUUGGGAUCGGCUUAGAUGCGAAAAUUUCCUUAGAAUUUAACAAUAAAAGAGAGGAGCACCCUGAAAAAUGCAGGAGCCGAACUAAAAACUUGAUGUGGUAUGGAGUUCUUGGAACCCGUGAAUUGUUACAAAGAUCAUAUAAGAACUUAGAACAGAGGGUUCAGCUCGAGUGUGAUGGGCAGUACAUUCCUCUCCCGAGUUUGCAAGGAAUCGCAGUCUUGAACAUCCCCAGCUAUGCUGGAGGAACUAACUUUUGGGGCGGAACCAAAGAGGACGAUAUAUUUGCUGCUCCGUCAUUUGAUGACAAGAUCCUGGAAGUCGUUGCAAUAUUUGAUAGUGUGCAGAUGGCAGUGUCAAGGGUCAUUAAGCUACAGCAUCAUCGUAUAGCCCAGUGCCGUACAGUGAAGAUCACUAUAUUUGGAGAUGAGGGAGUUCCAGUGCAGGUGGAUGGUGAAGCUUGGGUGCAGCCUCCUGGCAUUAUAAAAAUUGUACACAAAAACAGAGCUCAGAUGCUAACACGGGACAGGGCUUUUGAAAGCACACUGAAAUCCUGGGAAGAUAAACAGAAGUGUGAUUCUGGUAAACCUGUCAUCCGAACCCACUUGUACAUACAGCAUGCUGUUGACUUGGCAACAGAAGAGGUGUCCCAGAUGCAGCUGUGCUCGCAGGCCGCCGAGGAGCUCAUCACCAGGAUUUGUGAUGCAGCCACAAUUCACUGCCUCCUGGAACAGGAGCUGGCCCAUGCUGUGAACGCAUGCUCCCACGCACUGAAUAAAGCCAACCCCCGGUGCCCAGAGAGUCUUACAAGAGACACUGCCACUGAAAUUGCCAUCAAUGUGAAGGCGCUCUACAAUGAGACAGAAUCUUUACUAGUUGGUAGAGUUCCUUUGCAGUUAGAAUCGCCACAUGAAGAGCGAGUAUCCAAUGCCUUACAUUCAGUUGAGGUGGAGUUACAGAAGUUAACAGAGAUCCCUUGGCUUUAUUAUAUCUUGCACCCUAAUGAAGAUGAGGAGCCUCCAAUGGAUUGCACCAAGAGAAACAACAGAAGCACAGUAUUCCGCAUAGUGCCAAAAUUUAAAAAAGAAAAGGUUCAGAAGCAGAAGACAAGCUUGCAGACUGUUCAAAAAUGGGGCACAGAGGAAGUUGCUGCUUGGCUGGAUCUGCUCAAUUUGGGAGAGUACAAAGAAAUCUUCAUCCGUCAUGACAUCAGAGGGGCUGAACUUUUGCAUCUGGAAAGGCGAGAUCUUAAGGACCUGGGGAUACCGAAGGUCGGUCAUAUGAAGCGAAUUCUCCAGGGAAUUAAAGAGCUUGGAAGGAGUGCUCCCCAGUCUGAGGUGUGAUCCUGGUGCUAUUCCUUGGGAGAGGAGUGAUUGCCACUGAAUAUACAGUUUUUGGAAACCUCAGCUGUUAUCGUAGCUUUUGGCCUAGAUAAGUUAGCACCACUGAAGCACCUCUAUGACUUGAUAUUUUGCUUUGACAUUGUGGGUACAGGUUUUGAGUUGAGGUAUCACAAAAUGUUUUUGUGCCAAAUUUAUUAUUAUUUUUUUUUUACAUUCUACAAAGCCAUUUUCUUAUUGUGUGGACCUGGACAUGUUCAAGCCUAUUAGUGAAAAAGUAGGUGUGGUUGCGAAGUGCUGAUUUUCCUUAAGCCUGAUCACAGAGUACUUUUUCCUUUGCAUGAGGUGGCUGAGACUUCUCAGACUUUAUUAGUGGAGACAAUGACUUCUUUAAAAUCACUGAUUAGAACACUGAGCUAUAACUUGAGUCGUGUUUGGAAUAUUAGAUUGGUAUCAUCACAGAUUCCUAGAGCUCAGAGUUGUCAAAGCCCCUCAAAUAUUGGUUCAACCCCUUGCAGGUGGGGACCAGGGGUUAAAAAAAAAAACAAAUACUGGUUCAGAUGAAUGAAAGCAAACCUUAGUGCACAAUGAUCCUGCCUCUUUCCUUUCCUUGCAUGUCACAUCAGUAUUGUAACACUUUAAGAGCUUCAGUGUCAACUUCAAUGGAAUUUAAUGUAUUACUGCUACGUAAGUACCCAUCUGUUGUCUGACGGCACUUUUCCACCCUUUGCUAUAGUAUUUGGCAUAAGCCUCCGUGCCCAAAGAUUUGUGAACAUGCAUCUGUGCCAUCAUCAAAACUGAUACACAUCUUGGGAUGACAAUUUUCUUUCAACAGAUAUAAAUAGUAGGUGUGCAUAUUAAGAAGAUUCUCUGAGAGUAUUUUCAUAAACUCAUGUGUCCUGGUACCUAAAAAGAAAAAAAAAACUAUUUAUAGCUUUUCAAACCAGUUUUUAUCAUUUUUUUCUUUUAAAAUAUUUUAUUUUAUUUUAAUGAGACAUACAGAGAAAAAUGUAUAGUGAGAUAUAAGAGCACUCAACUCUGGCUUAUGGUAGUGCAGGGGACUGAACCUGGGACUUUAGAGCCUCAGGCAUGAAAGUCUUUUGCAUAACCAUUAUGCUGUUUCCCCAGUCCUUCACCUGCAUUUAUAAUCUAAUGGAGUAUUGACAUCCAGAAAUUUGUCCCAAGUCUAAGCUGAGGUCCAUUACACUGUCUCACCUACAAGUUAACAUGACCACACCUGACAGGAACUUCCCAACAACAAAGAGUUUUUAAGUUUUCUUCUUCAGGGCUUUAUAUUGUGAUUAUUCUCUCACUUCACUCUUGUAUCACACUAUAUUAUCCUCCUGUACAUUUUCUUUCUAUUUCUAAACCACUACUAUACUUGGGCAUCUGUAUUGUAACUAUCAAAUAUUUAAAAGCCAAAAUCCAGCAUAUCAAAGUUGCAGAACUGACCUUAACCAAGUGUUCUUAAGACACUAUAUACCGAAAAAUCAAUUCUAAUGUUUAAAAACCCUUCUAUAUUAGAGAAGCAAAUACAGUACUGACCCAAUGGUGACGGUUUUUAUGACUCAGUCUUGUAGGUCUGUGCCCAGUGGAUAUAUACAUACACAGAUAUACAUAUACUUUUAUAUGUAUAUCCUCAUUAAUAUACCUAUAUAAUCACAAAAUAUAGUCUUACCUGUAUUUUCUAGAUAAUUAUUUGCCAUGUUUGAAGGGAAGUAUUACUGGUGGAUCCUUUAAAAUGAACUGUUGUCAGACAUAUAAUUUAAUUCUAUCCAAGGAGUUUAACUAUUUGACACUUUCUUAUUAUUGAUGACUUCAGUUUUUAACUGCUACUCAAAUCAUAGCAUAUGGGCAUCUUUUAGAAAUACAUGAACCCGAUGGAUUCCUUACCAAGUGUGUCUGAUUAUAUUUUUGCCUGUGUAAAUUGUGCAUACAUGGGAAUUUCCCAAAAAGAGAUUUUAUCAAAUAGCUUUAGAGUACAACAGUUGACACACCUAACAAUUUAAAUUUUAUAAACAUUUAAUGAAAACAGUGGUUUUCUUUCCAAAUUCAGGUGUCCUCCUCUGCUAAGGAGUUUUCAAUGAAAUUAAAAUGGGAGGCCCUAGAUUCUCAGAACUCAGACCCCUAUCUAUCACAACAGGAAGGAAGGGAGUGUGGGGAGGCUUCUAGAAAGGAACAAAUGAAUGUAAGAAUCUUUGCUUUUUCUCUCCCAAAAUAGCCUUUGGGUAAUAGACUCUCCAACUAUUCCAUAAAUGUUAAGUGAGAUGUUAACGGUUAAGUUAUUUUGUUUGGUGAAUUGCUUCAUCCUUUUCUCUUAUUGGAAUCACUUGCUAGCUAGGAUUUUCCUGCAGAUGGCUUUGGGAGGGAAUAUCUUUCAAAUGACAGCUUGGUUUUGUUAUGGCUUGUUAAAUGACAGCAAUUUUCCCCUGUACUCUCUAUCUGUGCGAGACUGUGUAGGAGCCAAAUGACUUCAUUUAUGCCUGUUGCCAGGUACCCUGAAAGAUUUUUUAGGCCCUUAUCAGUGUCACUAAAGAACCAGCUUCUCAUAGUAGGAAGGGCUACAAAAAUCAGACAAGCAAAAUGUAGGAAGAUCUUCCUGGAAUCUGAUCACAGCUGUCACUGCCACCUUUCCUCCCUGUCAGUUUCCCAGCUGGAUAAUUUGGGAAAAUCUUGUUUUCCAAGACAGAAAGAGGAACAAACCUACAUCUAAAUCCAGAGUUCUCAAGUUUUCUCUUCUAUGUCUCUUUGCCUCUGUUUCUGAGCUGCUUUCCAUUUCCCUGCACACCCAGUAGAAACUCGCUGCAUGUGCUGCCUCUCCUCAUCAGCUACUGUCUCUCUCCAUCUGUACCACCUAUUGUGGGUCAUCUGGCUAAGUGUUAGAAAGAAGACAAUGUAGAAACAGAUUUGACAGUGGACAUUUUAUAAAAGGAUACUUGUUAAUCUAAAUGAAAUGAUGAAUUAGAUUAACUGGGACUGCAUAUGCAUAUAUGAAGUGUUCUGAGAAGAAGUCAUGUCAGUCAAUAUCAGAUCUGUGCUAUCUGAUAGUAUAGCUGAAUGUGGCCAUUAAAAUUAAACUUCGUUAGAAAUUCAGUUUUUUUUUUUCCUUGCUCACACUGCCUUUCAAGUGAUCCAUAAGCACAGUGGACAGAGCAGAUGUUGAGCGUGUCUACCACUGUAAAAGUUCUACCAGGGCUGCUGGCCUAGGUCAUUGCCACUUAAAAUGUGAUUCAUGGGCCAGCAGCAGCCACAUCACGUGGGAGUUUAUAGAAAUGCUAAGUCUCAGACUGACUCCAGACCUAAUGAGUCAAAACCCUCCUUUUCACAAGAUCUGUCAAUCCAUGGGUAUUGACUUAGAGGUAUCUCAUCAGCCUUCCUUAUCAAGGAAUCUCAGAUUUUCCAGAGGUCCUCAGAAUCUCUCUCUCUCUCUCUCUCUCUCCUACUGUUUCUUUGGCAUUUUGCAAAUGCUCCCAGAAUUGAAACAAAGCUCAUUCUCAUCAUUUUGUUUCAAGUUCUCUUCUCCAUCCUUAUUCCCAUCUCUGUUUCUCCAUGAACUGUGGCUAGUCCAGUGGUUGUAUUCUGGUAGCUAAGGUGGAAGGACCACAGCCAACCCCUCAUCCCACCUGUAAGUCACUGGCAGUGUCUAGCUGCUCCUUCUGCUGCUCCUGUGGCGGUCUCAUGUGUUCACAACUUAAGUUGCAGGGAACGUUUCAGAAGAAUAUAUAAAGAGCUAAUGACAGGCCAGGUGAGUCUCCUACAACUUGCACAUCCUCACUUUCUUAUCAGUUGGCAUGGUUGACAAAGUUCAUGCUGGAGGACCCACAGACACACACACACACACACACACACACACACACACGCACAAAGUGUAUCCUUCUUUGGGAGGCAAAAAAAAAAUUGAAAAGAUUUUAAGUGGAUAUGUCAUUAAAGUUCUGAAGACAUGUUUGCCUAAGGUGAUUUUCAUAGUAUGAUAACUUAGCUUGAUUUUCAGUUAGUUAAUAAUUCUUUUCAAAAUAACCCUUUUAUAUUCUUGACCUUCAACAUACAAAUUAUUUAAUUCUAUAAUCAGGUUCUCCCUCUGACCUAUUAUUCAUAGUUCUUCAGUUAAUUUUUUAAAUUUCUUUAUUGGUGAAUUAAUGGUUUACACUCAACAGUAAAAUAUAAGAGUUUGUACAUGUGUAACAUUUCUCACUUUUCCACAUAACGAUUCAACCCCCACUAGGUCCUCUUCUGCCAUCAUGUUCCAGAACCUGAACCCUCCCCCACCCCAGAGUCUUUUACUUUGGUGCAGUACACCAACUCCAGUCCAAGUUCUCCUUUGUGUGUUCCCUUCUGAUCUUGUUUUUCAGCUUCUGUUUGAGUGAGAUCAUCCCAUAUUCAUCCUUACGUCCUGCUAGAAUUUAUCAGCACAUUUCUACCUAGCUUGCUUUAUUUAUUUAGCCUAUUUUAAUGACUAAAGGGAACAACACUACUUUAGAAUAUGUAAAAAUUACUUUUAACAGGGAUUGAAGAAGAAAAUAUUCAGAGAGCUGUGGCUUUGAAAAUUAGAGUGGAGAUCUAUAUGUUACCUCUGCUAUCUCUGACUAGGCUGAUCAUAUAGUGAUCUUUCACACCAUACAGUUGUGACUUCCUUAAGGAUGUAUAGCUCUUCACUAAGCGUAUACAAACAUUGCAUCUCUCAACAUUUAGCAUUUGCUUCGCCCUUAUUCCCCCAAAUGAACCCAUACUGCAUUUUUCAGGUGCAAAUUGAGUAAAACUUAGUGGACUCAGAGUUUAAUAAUGCACAUGGUAAUUUUAUAGCACCAGGGUCUUUAGUGGAAAAGAAGAAUGAGAAGUGAAACUGUGGGUCAGUGGAAUUGUGUCCCACUGUGAAGGGUACCACAGUGCCACUAUGCACACCUCUGUCCUCUCCUGUCCCAUGCCAGCUGCCUGGGACUUGUUUGUUAGUGCUAGGGCGUCUCCCCAGUGACUUGUGUAUAACAACGUCAGUGUCAGAUGGGUGAUUUAAUGCCCAGUGAUUUUUUGCACUGGGGUGCCUUUUUAAAGAAACAGCCAAAACUUUAAAAGGCUGUGAUGGUUGGUUUUUAUAAUAUAUAAAAAUAUCACAUUUUAUAUUUAUUAUUUUUUCUCUUUAUUAUUUUCUUCAAGUCUGUCUAGAGACAUUUCUGUUAGAAAAAAAAAAACUAUAAAGGUUUAUCAUUUCAGAGAAAGAGUGAUCAAAGACAGCUGGACUGUACCUAUUUGUAUACUUCUUUCAUUUUGAGGGAAAGAAGUUGAAUGACUCUGACUGCAUUAGACUCAAUAACUAUAUAAGGUAAAUCCCAUAUUACUAAUACAGGUGAGCAGAUUAAUUCCUUACAUGUAGCUGAGAUCGUCUAUUUAUGUAUAUUUAUACCAAAUCUUAAUGUUUAUGCCCUUACAAGUUUUAGCUGGGAAAAUAGAAAACAAGCCACUUCUUAAAAUCUAUCAAAAACUCCAGUUUUUAAAGGUUGUAUAAUUAUCAUUUUAGCCACAUGUUACCCGUUGUAUAGGAAUUUGUGAGUAGACUGUGCAUUUCAUAGGAACUGCAUUUCAAGAGGAAAUUAGCCAAACCUAAAGGUUACUUCAAAAAUGUACUAAAAUAAAGUUUAAUACUCAGUCAAGCUGAAGGAGGAAAAGAACGUAUUUUGUGGUCUUUACUCUUUGAUUGCACUGUUGUUUACCACAGUUUAGCCAUAUCUGUUUUCUCUAUUCUAAAUAUUAAGCUGUUAUGUAGCUAAAGAUUACUUACAGUUCUGGUAACUGGUAACUAGUGCUGUGAAAGGUUUUUGUAUUGUAAAUUCCCAGUUUUGUGAGUUAUAUAUUGUAUAUUAAAGAUGACUAAUAAAUUGGAGUAAUAUAUUUAUCUAGAGCUGGGAAAAUGAUUAUUUUCAAAUCUUCAAGUAAGUUGUAUUGAAUUUUUCUUCCUCUCAAGUGAGAUGAAAUGUCUUACUCUUAUGUUAAAUGUCUAUUUAUACAACAGGUUUCACCUUUUACUGGGUUUGUUAAUUUUCAUAUUAAAUUUUUCUUAUCUUUUAUACCAAAAUAAUUGUCAUGCUGGUUAUUCUAACUGCCAGGAUAUAUUUUCAGUUACAGGAAUUUUGGCAGACAGAGGAUUUAAUAACAAACCAGCUUUGUACAUUUUGUGGCUUUAGAAGAGGAAUUUUACCUUAAAAUCUAUAAAAGAGUCAGUGCUGAUAUCAGCAAAGAAAAUAAUAGACAGUAUUACUCAUAAUCAUCAGUAGAAGGUUUUCACAAGUUGUAUAAAUCAGUGCAUUUAUUUAUUGUGAAAUUUAAUCUGUAUACAAAAAUGUGUAUUCUAGCUUUUAUCUUUGUUACUGCUGUCACUUAGAGUGUAAUAACUUUGUUCAUGAUUUACUUAUAUACUUGAAAUACUCGUUUCUGUCAAACAGAUGCCCUACUUAUUUCUUGCCAAAAGACAUUUGUUCCUUAAAUUUCUAUUCUUUACCAUCAUUGGUAAGUGAAUAGUAAUAUUUUGUUGAAUAUAAUGUUCAUGGUCAAAAUAAAUAAGGAAAAAGACAUAAAACCAAAAUAAUCUCACCAAUGUUAGGGGUUUAAUAGAGCCAAAAUAGCCAUUUUGCUGUUUUGCCAAUAUAUAUUUUUAUCUUCAAGUCAGAAAUUAGUUAAGAGGACUUUCUAGUUCUGAUAUAAGAGCACAGGGAAGAGAGAAUUUGAGAGCUUAGUGGCAGAUAGAGAUACAGAGAGAUGGCUGUAGUAUUUCACUGCUUCUGAAGCUUCCUUGAACCCAUGCCCUUGUGUGUGGUAAUGUAUGUGCUUAACCAGGUGCAACACCUCCCAGCCCACCCUCUAGUCCAUUUUAUAUGUGGCUGACAAGAGUGUUAGUUUUUGUUGUUGUUUUUCCAAAGCUCAAAUUUGCUUUACUGAUUUGUAGAAAUUGGUUUGUCAAGUCCAUUUGGGGAUGGCAAAUCCCUCCAAAUGAUCCAUGCCCAACAAUAUGUGAGAAUAUGCGUUGUAAUGGAAUGUUUUCUGGUAUAUGUGCUUCAAAGGGAUUAUUUGAGGUUAAGGGUUGAUGAUUCCACCUCAGCUACUUUUAAUGGGGAGUAAGGAGUAAUGAUAAUACUCAAAACUGUUAGCAUACUUAUCUAGACAUAUUGUAAUGUUUUUUUCUAGUGUUUAUGUGGUACAAUACACUGAUAUGUAGAUUAAACAAACUUUUUGAGUUAGAAAAUUCUAACUUCUUUGACUUUCAUGACUAGGUAAUAGGGUUCCUUUACAAGAAGAAUGAUACCAUCUAACUAAGUAUGGAAAAACCUCCCUUGUAUACAUAUUUACAUUUUGCUAGGCAUAUUAGAAGUCACUAUUUCCCAUCAGGGUCAGGCAUCAGCCAUAUGUAUGCUGGCUAGCAAAAGAAAAUACUUAGUUUGGUAUAGUUUUGCAGCACAUUAGAAAGGUCCUCAGAAGAAGCAGGUUCAGAGGGCUAGACACUUGAGUCUUAUAUGCAGCACAUUCAUGUUACCUUUCAAUAAAAAUGAUCAGUAACUAUUGGCCUCCAGUAUAUCAUCAUCUUGAAAAAUAUAACAGUCAAAUUCCUUUUGUCCCAUUCAUUGCAAAGACAGUUUUAGUUUCGUUUCUGCCAUAAUCAUUUAUAGUUUAGAAUGCACUACAUUUUGGUAGUCUGCUUUAAAACAUUGCUUGUGUCUGAAAGAUGCAGAUCAUCUUAUCUAUUUAUUACACAGUGGGCUCUGUUUGCUGCAGAAAAGAGUGCAACUUUUAACUGCUUAGCACACUUGCCAGAAAUAUACCUGACAGAGCAGAGGGUAUAACUUUGACUCUAAUUAUUUUUAAUAAAGGUAAGAAAAACGUGAGUUUUGUUUGUUUACAUGCUGUUUACAACAGCAUAAUUUUUUUAAAAAUAGCAAUUGAGAUAUUUAUUGCAUACUAUUUUAAAGAUGUUUUACGUGUUUUCACCUUUGGAAUAUAUUGUUACAGUUCCUUAUACAGAUCAUUUGGGUGGCUUUGUUAAUGUAGCUAGUACUUUUUAUGACUACUAAGUGACUGGUUUCCUGUGCCUUUUCUUGUGGGACGCAUGAUUAUGUAUUUAUUGUACGGAAGUCACUGAUGCGUGUAUUUUUGUACUUUGCUAAGAUUCCUGGUUGAUCUCAAUGUUCAUGAUAAUGAAAGAAUGCCUUUCUCCAAGGGCACUGCCUUGAAGUUGUCUUUCUCAAAUAAAAAGAAAAGUGCAUUUGGAGAA